ACAGCAUACCUCCAAAGAGAUCCAAAGCAGCUUUAUUUUGGCCGUCUGUAACAGGCCUUUAUUUUUCAAGCAUAAGCCCAGGUAACUCUUGCAUGCGGAUGACACUUCUGAUACUGAAGACACUUGAAACUUGUUUGAGCUUGCCACUUUCUCGUAAAGCAAUAAUUGUGUUGUUCACAAUGGAAAAUACUCUGCGUUUAUACAUUAGUGUCAGCAUCUGCUUGAAAGUACUAAAGGUGCACAAUGAUUCCACCCCUUCUACUAUGUCUCCCAAUGGAGGUCUUUUUCUUUUUCACUUUACCAAACCUGUUUGUAACCUUAAACAUUGUUUUCCUCCUUCAAUAAUGCAAACUGUUUUGUGCUUGGACUGACUUGAAAAUAAGAUGUUGUCCUUUUCCUGGGACUUGUGCUUAUGCAAUUCAGGGGACGUUGAGGAAUGUGUCAAGUAGGUGAUAAAUGUUUAGACCCUAUCGGUGGUGGCUCAGACCUGCUUGCCACACAAUGUAACCGCUGUCUGUCUACUCUUCUCUGCCCUUGUUGUGAAACUGCACUGGCAAAUGACCACGCAGUUUGUGUAAAACCGUCAAGGAAUGUCGGUCCUAUACUUGUGUCAUAUUAAACAGACGUCUCACUGGGGUUUUUUGUGUUUGUCAUCUUUUCAUUUUGCGUCUCAGAAAUUUCACAGGAAUUGACUCUUUAGUCUGCCCUUGUUGAAAUGACAAUUACAUUUAGGGUUUUUAGAAAUGGGGAAAACCAAUAGAAAAGCCAUAACGUGGGAAAUCACUGCCCCUCUUCUCCUUUUGCACCCUGAAAUCCUUCCUCAGUUUCUAGUUUGGGCAGACCAUUAUAUGUCCAGAUUGUGCAACUCUCACCUGGACAGCCAGCAAAGUGAGGGAGGGGAUUAUACUGCUUUAGGAUCACUCAUAAAUGACUAAAUUCUUUAAGCGAGCACAAGAGCAACUUAUGCAGGGGUACCUUUGUUAGAUCUUGUGGGGAUGCUGCUGUUUCCAGUGGGAAGGGACAGUGAUGGCCAUACUUAAGCAAAAUCACGAAGGAGGAGGAGAUGUAUCAGAUUCGCAGAGGAGUCUGUACUUAAAUUUGUUCCUUGCUUUUGAAAUCCUUUUUCUACUUGGUCAGAGCUGCCACUGUUCUCUUUGAAACAACUGACAAUUACCAGUUAUGAAACUGACCCUUAACUAUUUAUGGGUGUGUAAAGGGCAGCUCAUCCGCAGUCGAGGAGAAGCAGAACGGGUGUCUUUCUGGCUGGGCCUUUGCCAGAGGGAAAUGAGCCCAGGUUUAACCUUGAGGCAUGAAGCACACAAUAUGCCUUCUUGAAUUCUAACGUCUGGGAAUGUGGCAUAAAAGCAUUCCUCUCUCCCUUGCCUCCCCACUCCCUUAUUUUUCUCUUAACAGGCUUCAUGCAACAAGCGUGAGGAGAGGCACUGUGAUCUUUUGCCAGACGAAAUAGCUUGGAAGCCAAAGAUGGCAGCCAUUUCCCUCUGGCAUUCAUCUGACCAGCUGAAGCUGACAGCGUCCAUCAGAAAUCGUAUUAAUAAGACUUCUGAGCCUGGAGCGUUCACAUUAUUGAUGGGCACUGGUCAGACGUUGGUUUUGUUAGAUGCUUCUUGUUUGGUAAAGUCCUGUGUUCUCUUUCUCUCUCUUGGGAGGGAGAGGAAUGAGGAAGUUAGUCUCCAUGGACUUUUAAAUUGCAUCUUGGGCCCUCAGAUAUUACAGAUACUGUGCAGAAUUCAGAGGCGUAGCCACAUUACUCCUGAAAAUCAGUAUGCAAAGGGAUCUUAUAGCACCUUUGAAACUGAAAGGACCCUCCACUCCACUCCAUGCAUCUGAGGAAGUAGGCUCAAGUCUACAAAAGCUCAUGCUACUAACAUCUCUCAGUUAGUCUCAAAGGUGUUACACGAUCCCUUUGCAUACUGAUACGAUGCCGACAUCUUUAAUUUAAGUAGUCCAUUUUAUAGGUUUGGGUAGCCUGUUCAUACUGACUUUACCAUUCAUUUUGGAGAGCUGUAGUUUCAUGCAACAAGAGAACACUAAGGUUAUCUGUUUAAUGGCAUGCCCAUUGAAGGGUGUAGGAAUGAGGCAUCUUCCUGUCUUGUAACUGUUGCUGACAUCUCUAUCUGACGGUGGGUUGGGGUUGGGGUUGGGUGGGCUGUCACUCUUUCUUCCUCUCUGCCUGUGAAGGGAUGUGUGUGUUGUCUGACCGUACUUAGGCCGACUGCCAGCCAUACUAAGGCCCUACACAAAGACCCGGUUUGUGUUCCUCAUGAAUGCACUGGCUGUCUGGGAAGGAAAGAAAAGGCAAGCAUCGCCGUACCCAAGGCAGCAUCUCUCCACAGCCCCCAUUCCCUCCCACCAACAAAGAAGUCUAGGAUUUCACCUCCACGUGUCUCUCUCCAAACUGAGGUGCCAAGGUGCGCCCUUUACCUGGCCCUUGCAGACAGAUUCUCGUGUUUCCAGCCAGGUUUCUGAGGGCUCUGAUGAUGCACAACUCCUGCAUUGUCAGAAGGCAGACUUGGAGGAGCAAGGGUUGCAGCGGGAAUGGAGGAGCAGGCCGGGCCCCCCGCCAUCCCCUCUUUAGUAAGUACCUUGUUCUCCCCCCUCAAAAGACAAAAACCUAUCUUGGCACCUGCAAGGUGUUUUUACUUUGGUCAUCUGACCUCCCUGUUUCUUCUUCAUCCCCACCCUUUUUUAAGGGAUAAGGCGAUGCACAGAGUUUGCAAGGUGUGGCUUCUCAUUAAUAAUGUGGCACGUGCCACUUGGAUUUCACACUUCAGGCAGCAAAAUAUUAUGGGCUUCAGAAGACAGCCUGAAAAUGGGGACUUGAUAUCAGUUGAUAGCAUUUUGGAAUAUCUGAUCAGAAACCUUUUCAUUCCUCCAGUUUAAUAUACCAUUCAUGCCGGUCUUAUGUUCCUGGAAACUAAAGAUUGCCAGGAUCAAGAGUCUUGAUCUGGGUCUGCUUCAUAGUCUAUGGAAAUUAGACAUGUUGUAGGAAGGCAAUCAGUCACUCUUGGUGACUGACAUCUGAAGUCUGACUUGAGAUAUUAAACUAACUGGUCAUGUGUAGACGUUAUUGAGACCUGGAUUCACAGACUAACAACUUGAUUUCUAUUUCUUUUCUGCUAAAGAUUUCCAAACAAACCACCUUUGCAUUCCAAAAUGCUGUGCAAUCAGGAUAUCCAUGUUCCUUCAUCUAUGUGUUCCAUGAUUCUGUGAACCUGAAAAGCAAAAUGAUUUAAACCAUGUGCUUGUCAUUUCUAUGAAAAGGUGCAUACAGUUACGGGACCCACAGAAUGGUCCUAGAUUGUGGUCACAAUGAUUGAAAUGUAUUUUGUAGCUUGCUUUAUGUUGUCCACUAUUCUUGGAAAACCUCACUCCCACAUCAGGCAAGUAGAAAUUGGUCUAAAUACCCUAAAGGCAUCAGAUUCCUUCUGAUCUUUGAAGCUAGGCAGGGUCAGCCCUUGUAAGUACUUGGAUGGGAGACCACCAACAAAAUCCAGGUACUGUGGGCUAUAUUUCAGAGGACAGAACAAGCAAAAUCACCCCAGGAUUCCUUGCCUAAGAAAACCCUAUGAGGUGUCCAUGAGUGGACAGGCAACAUGAAGGCAAAUAUGCACUUUUUAAAAAAUAAUAAUGUUACCUGUCACAGAAACUGCCAGACCAGAGGUAUAAAUCAUGUGGCUCUCCAGAUGUUGUUGAAUUGCAGCGCUCCGCAUUUUGCACUAUAGGCUGGUGCAGUCCAGUAACAUCUUGUGGCCCCUACUUUGUCCACUCCCAGAAUAAAUAAACUUUCAGCUCUGUACCUCACAUAAGCGUUGCUUCCAGACACAUCAAGAACAUCCAUGUUGAAAUGUUUGUCACGAUAUUUGAUUUUCAUUUUCUAAAGCAAGUACAGGGGAGAAAAAAGUAAGGAGGGGAAAUUCUUAACACAAUGCUUAUAGGCAGGUGCCUUUAUGGAUUGUGUGGUUUCUCUAAGUGACAAGUUUAACCUUGGCUCACAGGAGAGGGUGCCUCCCACAGAAUCCAAAGCCCCUUCCAGAAUAUUCUGGGUCAUCCUUUCUGUCAUUCUGAUCUGUGGGAUGGUCUGCAUUGCUGUGGCAGCUGCUCUCAGCUUGACCCAAACUUCGCCCAAGCCUCUUUUGCAGGUGGUCCGGCUAAACUUUCAGAACCGACCUGGGUCCCCAAUGAACCAAUCGGCCUUUGUCAACAAGUCCAAGAAUACAGUUACUUACUGUGUCACUUCACCAAGCAACCAGACUUCAUUGGUCUUGUUUGACCGCAAAAAUGGCUAUGUCUGCUACAAGCCCUCAGGACAAAGCGGUUGCUACCUGCGGAUGAUGGACACCUGGGACCGAGAGAUUGUACAGAUGUCCUUCAACCUGUCGGAGCAGAGGGUGGGCCAGGGGCCCCUUCUCAACAGCAGGACCCAGUACUACCGUGAGUUCCUGGAGAUCGUGCCGGGGAGGCAGGUGCAGCCAGAGGAAGCAGGGGAGGCCGUCUGGGCCCUUUGUGAGCAGGCACCCAUCUACUGGGUCAAGAGGAAAGAUGGUCCUCCAAAGCAGCGGCUGAUCUACUUGUGUAUCGACAUCUGCUUUCCAAGCAACAUCUGUGUGUCCAUCUGUUUCUACUACCUUCCUGAGUGACCUUCCUGGGAAUCUGGUCUCCCCAUUUGCCUCUGCUCUUCUGUACUUGAAAUCCCCCAGGGCAUAUUAUGUGCUUCUUGAAAACGCCUCCCUCUGCCUUUUUUGUGAUCCAAGGGGUCUGGGCUUGAGCUGGAAGAGCAAUGGCACACACAGUUGUGUUUUUGUUGCAAUUUUUAUCUUUUUUAUUAUUAUUAUCGGUAUAUACAUUUUAUUUACAAAGUGUUUCCUCCUCCCUGUAACCUGUAAAUAACCAUCCCUGUCUAACAGUAGCUGCAUGAGGGUGUAGUAAAAGUGCCCUUAAGUCUUGGUCAUACGUGCAUUAUUAUGUAAAACAAAAUCUUGUGGGGUUUUUUUAAAAAACAUUUUAUACAAAGUUAGUUAAUCCUGAUGUGUGUCAUAUGAAAUAAAAAAAGCACAAAAAGAGGAAA